GCAGGUCUGCAUAAAACGCUGCCCAGGACUACACCGUGUUUUCUGGUCUCGCCAGCCAAGCGCGGCUUUUCCUUUAGAUUUAUAUGUUUGUGGGAAUAAAUACAAAUAAAAUAAUAAUAAAUAGAUAUUUAGAUUAAUAGGACGAACAGAAAUUAGAGUUUUCUCUGGACGCUCCUCGUAUUCAACAAUCCUCUCAUCGUCGUGAUAGUGGGAAUGGGAUAUGAUGGAGGAUAAAGCGCCCCGUGUAGCCGACUACUUCGUGGUUGCUGGCCUCCCCGACUCGCCCAAGCCCCUCGAGGAUGAUCUCCACUUUGAUGAUGCCGGCGCCAGGUCGGUUAAACCCAAAGCCCCCAUCACGGACGUUGCUGUGGUGAUACGCUCCCUGGGUGAGGAGGUGCCGGCAGGUUUCACCUGCGUGGAGAGCACCCCCACUGGGCUCUCCGCCGAGCUCAACGGAGCCAGCCUCAGGGGUCCUCAGAUCUUCUUGUGCUUCAAGCGCGGCCGAGAUAAGCCUCCGCUGACAGAUCUUGGGGUUCUGUACGAGUGGAAGGAAAAGCUGAAACCGGGAUGUCACAUCGUCCAAACCACGCCCUCGGGUCGCCCCGCCAACAUCAGCAGCUCGUCCUCCCAGCGCAUAUACAUCACCUACCGCCGCUCUCCGAAGAGCCAGCCCCACACCUCACUGGCUGUCACCGACGUCUGCGUCAUCAUACCCGGAAAAGGGGAGACGCCCCCUCACACCUUCUGCAAGGUGGACAAGAACCUCAACAGCAGCAUGUGGGGGUCCUCCAUCUACCUCUGCUAUAAGAAGUCUCUGGCUAAAGCAAAUGCAAUAGCAUACAAAGCAGGUCUGCUGUGUAGGUACCCCGAGGAGGACUACGAGUCCUUCCCCCUGCCGGAGUCCGUCCCCAUGUUCUGCCUCCCCAUGGGGGCGAUGAUUGAGCGAUGGCCGACCCACACCAAACACUCCUUGCCUGUUUUUUCCACGUUUGUACUAACGGGGGCCUCAGGAGAAAAGGUAUAUGGGGCAGCUAUCCAGUUUUAUGAGCCUCAUCCAGAGGAGAGCCUCACUGAGCGUCAACGAUCACAGCUUGGCUUGACCAGCUCUGAUUUCGGAAAUGGCGAAACAAAGAAUUUUUACAGCAACAAGAGCAUCUGCUUACUUUCCCACUGGCCGUUUUUUGACUCCUUCCGGAGUUUCCUCACUUUCCUGUACCGGUAUUCCAUUUCUGGACCCCACGCCGUACCCAUUGAAAAGCACAUCUCACACUUCAUGCAAAACGUCCCAUUUCCGUCCACUCAGAGGCCCCGUAUCCUUGUGCAGCUGUCUCCACACGACAGCUUGAUACUGAGCCAACCUGUGUCCUCCCCCCUGCCUCUUAGCGGUGGCAGUCUCUCCACGUUACUGCUAAAUCUCGGCCCAAAGAAUGCAGCCACGCUGCUUGUUCUGGCUGUCACAGAGCACAAGAUCCUGGUCCAUUCCUUGCGUCCCGCUGUGCUCACUAGUGUUACAGAGGCCCUUGUGUCUAUGAUCUUUCCUUUUCACUGGCCGUGCCCCUACAUCCCUCUGUGCCCGCUGGCCCUGGCUGAUGUGCUCAGUGCGCCGUGCCCCUUCAUUGUGGGCCUGGACUCCAGAUACUUUGACCUUUACGUGCCUCCAGCUGACAUCAGCUGCGUGGAUUUGGACACCAACACCAUCUCCCAGAAAGACGACAAAAAGGCGUUAACAUGGAAAAUCCUGCCCAGAAGAGCUUGCAAGAAUCUUCUAAAUACCUUGAGUAAGCUCUAUCAGCAGCUCACAGAAGGGGGUCAUGUAAAUCGUGAUGAUGUGCAGAUGAACCACACGGCGACUGACGAUGAGCUCUACGGAGGAAAAAGCCUCCACACUCUGGAGCUGGAGAUCCAGGAAGCUUUCCUGCGGUUUAUGGCAGCGAUCCUGCGGGGUUACCGCUCAUACCUGCAGCCAAUCACCCAAGCUCCAUCGGAGAAAACCACCGAUGUCACCUCGCUUUUUGACCUACAAGGAUUCCUGAAGAGCAGAGACCGCUCACAUCAGAGGUUUUACUCCCUCAUGACCAAAACUCAAAUGUUCAGUCGCUUCAUUGAAGAAUGCUCCUUUGUCAGCGAUAAGGACGCCAGCCUGGCCUUCUUUGAUGAGUGCGUUGAUAAGUUAUUUACCACUGGAGGCAAGAUGGACAGUGAGCGACCAGAGGACACCCGGCUAAUUGAGUUGGAUGAAUCCCAUGGCAGCGAACACACGGUCUACGUCAACCCUCCAGAGCUGCCUCCUCUACCCCACGGAGAAGAGUAUCCUCUGCGCUACAGCUACUCUAGAUUCCCUGUGUUGAGCGCUGAGCUCCUGGAGCCGCUGGAGGGACCAAAUCCAUCUUCAACGGGGACCGCUUCACGCCACAGCAGCCCGGCCAGCCCCACGGCCAUCUUUAGACGCUCCAAGCAGGAGAUCAAAUCGGCUCAAAGGAUGGCCAAAACCCAUUCAUCAGUGCCCCAGAUGUGGUCCAAAUGUCUGCUGCGCCACUGCUAUGGUCUGUGGUUUAUCUGCCUGCCAGGAUUUGUUGGCAACUGCCACUCUAAGGUGCGUGCUCUGCGCACAGCUUAUGAUGUGCUGAGGAAGAUGCAGGAGAAGAAGCUGCAAGCUCCAGAUGAGGUGUGUUACCGUGUGUUGCUGCAGUUGUGUGGUCAGUACAGCCAGCCGGUGCUCGCUGUCAGGGUGCUGUUCGAGAUGAAAAAGGCUGGAGUUCAGCCUAACGCUAUUACUUACGGGUACUACAACAAGGCUGUGCUGGAGAGCACGUGGCCCUCCACCACCAGAGGAGGAUACUUUCUCUGGGGAAAACUGAGGAACGUGCUACUAGGCGUGCUCCAGUUCAAGCAAGCCAGAAGAAAACGACAAACUCCGCACAGAGAGGCUCAGCUUUCAGAUGGCAGUGAUCUAGACACCGUCAGUCAUGGGAGCAUGGACAGUGCAAACGACUCUGCUGAGCGGACCUCCAUCGACACCGACUUCACCAAAAUGGACUCCAGCGAUGACGGGUUCAGUACAGGCGGCCAAUCUGACCAAGGCUACGAUUCUCUUUCCAAAGAAGAGGAGAGGUUGUGCAGCAGAGAGGCUGACGGCAGCGCUCUAGUGGAGGAUAAAAUGCUGAGGCGGUCCAACAGUGGCAGCAGGCUGGGUUGUAGUCCAUCCAACGACACUCAUCUAUGUGGAGUUUUGCCAAAGACGGAGAGGCCCAAAUCUCUAGAUUUGUCUGGACAGGGAUUUACCAGGCUCACCGUGCCUCUUCUGAACUCGCCAAAGCAGCACUCCCCUGCCUCUGACAGGCUGGACGGAGUAGAAGAGGAAGAUGUGGAGUCGGUGAAACAGAAGGUGGACAGAAGCGCCAGGAGGACAGGCUCUGAGGCGCAGUUGGACCCGCUGUCACAGAUGGCGGCGGAGCCCGAGUGUGAUCAAAGCAGCGGCAGCAGCACGCCCAGCUCCAGCCGCAACCUUGUUGAGGAGAUCGAGACGUACAUGAACAGCAGCAGCAGCCCCCUGAGGAGCUGCACAGACUCUUCCAGCCCGUUGUUUCGCUCUCCACAGACCUCCACGCUCGUCCGCUCCAGUACACACCUUUCUCUGCCCGUCAGAUCCAAAGAGCGGCUGAGACCCUCGCCGUCGCUCCCUCUGGGCGUGUGCAGGAAGGACAGAGAGAGACCUUCCUCUCUGGUGUCUCCGUCAUCCCCCUCCCCGUCUAACUCCUCAUUCUCCAUGGACUCUCUCUUCACCCCAACUCUGGAUAUCUUCAAGAGCAGCGUCAUAUCGGCGGGGAAAGGCGUCGCUGAGAAAGCCAGUCGCCUCUACUCCCGUUUGUCCUCGCAGACUUCUUUAACGCAGGACGCCAACUGUGACCGCCUCAGUGUGUCCUCGCUGACCUCAGCAGAGGCCGAAUGCUCCUCUCUGACCGAUCACUACGACUCCAGUCUGGACCCAGAAGGCUUCACUUCUCCUCAGCACGGCGCCGUGUCCCGGCUGAGGAGAAGCCCUGUCGGAGCGUGCCACCCGAGCCUGGGCAGCCCCAGCAGCCCCACGGGGGUGUUCAGACACAACUCCUUCUCAGGUGGUUUGGCACUUCCUCCUAAAACUCCUCACACUCCAAGCUCCUCCCCCGAUUCAAGCCGCUUCCAGCCAACCUCUGCUUAUAUCUUUGAGGUGCUGAUGUCCAGUUGUUCUCUCUGUAAGACUUGUGACUGUUUGGUGUACGAUGAGGAGGUCAUGGCGGGCUGGACGGCGAAUGAUUCAAACCUCAACAGCACCUGUCCGUUCUGCGGCACAGCCUUCUUGCCUUUCCUAAAUGUUGAAAUUAAAGAUUUAAAACCACAAAACAAGUUGUCUAAGCCCAGUAAUCCUGUUAAAGAAGAAGACAUCUCUGCAGCACUCAGUCCAGAGGUCAACAUGUCUGCAGCUCAGCCAUCUGCAGCUUCCACACACACGGUGGAGAGCGGUGGAAGUGCUGGCGUCCCUCCACCAGCCUCGGCCCCGACAUCUGCUCCUGAUUUGGUGACUGUGCCCUACCUAAGCCCCUUAGUUCUGUGGAAGGAGCUGGAAAGCCUGCUGGUGAACGAGGGCGACCAGGCCAUCUCCUCCCCGAGUGUUGUGGACCAGCACCCCAUCGUCUUCUGGAACCUGGUGUGGUACUUCAGACGGCUGGAGCUACCCAGUAACCUACCAGCUCUCAUCCUGGCAUCCCAGCACUGCACUGGUGGAGAGCAGACUCUUCCCAGUGUUUCAUCGGAGGACAGUAAGCAGGUGCUGGUGAGGGUUAUGUGGGACAACUUGAAGCUGCAUCGAGACAGAGUUCAACCCUGCUAUGUGCUGUGGAACACGCACUGCGCCAACUCCUUGAUCCGCUCUGGAUUGUGUGAAGAAGGUCAGCUGUUCACCGUGGAGCUGCUGCAGAGCUUUGUGAGGAGCAUUAAGAAGAGCGAUGUCUAUCAACCCAUGAGUCAGAUCAUCCAGCUGCUGGGGCCGGAGCUGGGGUUCAAGAGACAGAGGAGCCUCUAUAGAGAUCUGUUGUUCCUGUCUCUAGUGGCUUUGGGAAAGAACAACAUUAAUAUCAAUGCUUUUGACCGGGAGUACAGGCUGGCGUAUGACCGCCUCACCCCCAGCCAGGUGAAACUGACGCACAACUGCGAUCGGACCCCUGGAGCGGGGGUCAUGGAGUGCAGGAGGACUUUUGGGGAGCCCGGUCUCUGAACCCUCUUUCCCCGUAAAACGUUGGACUACAAUCACUGCUGCUGAUGACUGCUCCUCAGACUCAGGACCAGCUGGCUUGACUGGAACAAGCUUGUAAAAGCACAAGGAACAUUCCUCUUGACAUUAAACAACUGCCAUGAGCUUCUGUCAGAGCUGAGAGGUAUGAAGUGACGGGCCUCGUCUGUAAAUUAUUUGAAAAUUGUCCAUAUUUUCAGUAUACUUGUAGUAAAAUGUUUAUACCGACUAUUUUAUGCCUUCUUUUCUGUAAAGUGAGUGUGGGAUCGUCCAAAUUCCUCUGAGGUCUUGGUGGCCUUGUUCAGACUGUUGUGUGUGGGUGGGUGUGUUAACGUAACGUAUACUUUCAAGUUGAUGUCCAUUUAUUUACAAAGCACUUUGACAAGAUGACCUCUUUUUUUUUUUUUUUUCUCAGUUGCAUAACCUAAUGGUCCAUCAACCAAAGCCACAGUUUAUGUAACGCUUGAAAGAGCUGCAGACUGACUUCAAGUCACACUCAAUCCAACUCUAAACAAAAAGAAACUCCGACUUUACAGCGGUUCUCACAUAUUUAACUGCUUUGUAGCAUCAGAUCAACACAAGAAAACAUCCAAAUAAUAUAUUUGCACACUUUUUAUCCUUUUUAUUUCUUUCUUUUUACAAUAUCAGUAACUUUCAUCACAACUGAUUUAUUUAAUCUUUUAUUACAGCGACUUGUUUAAGUCGGUUCAUUAAAACAAGUACAAUCAAACUAAAAGUGAACAAAUGGUUUAGUUUAAUUCUUUUUUUUCUUUUUAAUAACAGGGUUGUAUAACAGUGUGACAGGUCUCUAAAUAUGUACAGGCUGUUCUGUACUUUUCCUUCGUGGUCCUAACUGUUUGGUGUAAAAGUCAACUUUAGAUUUUUAGACGACUGUGCAAUGUUUUAAUGUGGCACACAGAGCGGGAAACGACUUGUGCUUAAAACCCUUGUUGUUAAUGACUGUUUCUAUGAACGAAUCACAGUGCAGAGGGGAGUUUUUGCACUGUUUUUAAAACAUGAAAUGCACUUUUAUCUGCCAAUUUAUUAGGUACACCUUGUUUGCACUGACCAACUUUUCUCAUUAGAACUGCCUUAAUCAUGCAGACUAAAGGGGGAUGGGUUGGUUUUUAGGAGGAUUAAAAUGCCAAGAAAAUAUCUUCUAUCAUGAUACUAUACUGCCACAAGCCUGGACCUUUAAAGCAAGACGGACUGGAACUCGUGAGUUGAUUUCACAUUACAGUUUCUUUUUUGUCGUCAUCAAUGAGAUGUUUACCCAAUUCAUGAACUCCCUGAGGCUUUUAUUUUGUUAACUGUCUCAUAAUUCCAGCAAGUUUCCUGAUGUUGUGUUUAAGCUAACAUGCAUCAAUGCUGUUGUCAUGUUUGAAUCAAAGAUGGCGUGUACCCAAUAAAAAAGUGUAAAGAUAAAAGCUUUCUCCUCCCCAAAA